GCUCCGCCCCUCCCCGGCCUACCAGCGCGCGUCCCGUCAGGCGCCGCGCGGGGUUAGCGCGGGGUCGGUGGGUCAGGCGCGAGGCGGUUCCCCGGCUCCGCGGCUCGGCGGUCCGGCCGGGCGGUCGCAGGGCAGGAUGUACACGCUGCUGUCGGGCCUGUACAAGUACAUGUUCCAGAAGGACGAGUACUGCGUCCUGAUCCUGGGUCUGGACAACGCCGGGAAGACGACCUUCUUGGAGCAGUCAAAGACCCGAUUCAACAAGAACUACAAGGGGAUGAGUCUGUCCAAAAUCACUACCACCGUGGGCCUGAACAUUGGCACUGUGGACGUGGGAAAGGCCCGCCUGAUGUUCUGGGACUUGGGGGGGCAGGAGGAGCUGCAGUCUCUGUGGGACAAGUACUAUGCAGAGUGUCAUGGUGUCAUCUAUGUCAUCGACUCCACAGACGAAGAGCGACUGUCUGAGUCCAAACAGGCGUUUGAGAAGAUGGUCACAAGCGAGGCGCUGGACGGUGUCCCCAUCCUGGUGCUGGCCAAUAAGCAGGAUGUUGAGGAAGGGGGUGCGCGAGGGCAUCGAGUGGAUGGUGAAGUGCGUCGUGCGGAAUGUGCACCGGCCGCCGCGGCAACGGGACAUCACAUAGGCACACCUGCCUGUGCGCCCACCGCUUGUCCUGAAGAGCUCCUGCCCGCUCCACACCACCAAUCCUGGGGGCUGGGUCGGCUUUGCCUUUUGGUUCUCCCAUUUGCUUUGUUUCUUCUCUUAAGACAAAUUUUUCUGUGUGCAGAAAAGCGGAGGCUUCUGCUAGGGGUGCUGGGGCCUUAGGGAUGCCAGCCGACCGCCAGCAGAACUUAUGGCCAUAGCAGGCCUAGACCUGCCCCAGGCCCAGUUUGGGGCCCCCGCGGGCCACCUCUGCUUUUGGAGCUGCUGCCCCAGCAGGCCUGCCGGUUUGGCCCUGCAUGAGGCCUUGGUGGGGAGCUGCUUGGAAAUAGGUGUUUCAGAGCUGUGGGGCCCUCCAUAGUGCUCAAGGCUGCUCUGUGCCUCAUGCCCAUGGAGGCAGCUAUGACUGUCCUUGGCCUCUGUUUCCUCUGAUCUUGGGGACAACCCCAAGGUGGGGGGGUUGGUGUCACCUGAGGGAGACCUGGGCUUGUUUCUAUCCCUGUCCUGAUGCAGCUUCAGGAGGAGGCAGGGAGACCUGCCUGGAAGGCUAUGAGCCCCACCCACUGGCCCAGCCACCUUGUUUUGAUCUUCAUUGAAAAUGGGAAAGCUAAGUGGUUGUGCUGGGAAUGGGCAUCUGCUCACCCCCACCCCCAGCCUGCCUGCAACCCACCCAGAAUAACCUAGAGACGAGCUCGGGGUGUGAGGAAGGCCGGCAGGGUCCCAGGGAGCCCAGUCUAGUAGUGUGCUGGGCCUGUGCUCCCCACUGGGGGUAAAGGCCGGGGUUGCUCUCAGGUCUGGGCCCUUUCCAGUCCUGUGUCCAGGAGCAGAGGCCCUCCAGGCAAGGCUGGUCCUCAGGACCCUCCCACGUGGCCCUUGUGGAAGCUGGUGACGCCCCGUGAGCCUGGCCAUGGGCAAAAUAAAGAGUCGGAGUGGCUCCCAUCCAUCAUU